AUGACGGACAGCUGGCGGAAACUAAGACUGGUCGAUGAAAUUUGCUUUAUGAAGUGCGGCAAAAUCGAACGGGUGGCCAUCCUGCGCAUGAUGCACCUCAUGAUGACCUACCACGGAGAUCCCACUCCCGGAAGACUGUCUUCCCUGCCUCGGUGGUUUUGGAUGAGACCGUCACAAGCCUUGGCCCACUCAUAUGCCAUUGACUAUUUUGUUUGGCCUGGUGUCCGGGAGCGCUUCGUCUUCUCCCAGCACCGCUACUGUACCAACCUCUUCUGGCAGCUCUUCCAGAGCAACUUCAAAGUAAAAUGGCAGUACGGUUUCCGCGACUGCUACAUGCGAGAUCGUCUCACUGGCAAGUUUUCGUUGUCGCCCAUGUUCGAGCAGACCAUAAGCAACAUCAGAGCCUGGACCAUGGAUACCGACUUCUUCACCCACUUUCCCGAGCUCUGCCAAGACAUCCCUAGGGUCGAGGGUCUGCCGAUCGCGGUAGGGUCCGCGCGGAAGGAUGCCCAGCAGGUCUGGGAAGAGACACAACACCAUGCUGUCGUGCGGGCCGCUCGCCCCUUUGUCGGCCCUAUGCUGGUAUCCGACGGGUCAAAUGACCAGGUGGAUGGUGCAAGAUUGUACGACGGAGCGCCUUCAACGUUUGCACUCCACACCAGGUGA